UUUCUACAACGUUUCUCUUAUGAGCUAUUGAGCAGAGAACUUGAAAUCUGUGAAUAUCUUUCUAACUUUAUCGCAGUCCGAAGGAUGAGGAGAGUCAAACGGAUCUGUGCGCGCGCGCCCUCCCGGCGCACAUCUCUCUCUACCAGUGCGCAAUAAUUGAAAUGGCGCAUUUGGCCGCAGGCUGCUUGAAGGGCAUAAUGCAUGACGAUAGAUGUCAUUUGGCUCCAGAGCCAGAGGGGUGUUUGAUGUUGCUAAAAUUUACGAGAUGUCGGGGAGAAAGACGCGGACGUGCGCGGCGCACAGGGAGGAUCCGUGCAGGCCACAUCCACGCAGACACAGCCGAACAUCCACGGAUAAACCACUCAGUUUUUCUGUGCCAACGCAGAGUAUUUAGAGUGUCUGAGUCUCGACAGAAGAAUUAUUUGAUAAAUCCAAAAAGAGAUCAGAGCAGCAGCGGAUCAGACGCCAGAGAAACGCGCACGUUAUUGUAACCUAAUCCUGGCCGCCGGGGGUCUGACGGGCCCCGGGCCACACUUCUCUUUCAGACCUCCUCUUUAUUUUCCAGAGACAAACUUGCGUGUUGUGCUGCUUGUGCUUCGCACCGGAGGACAGAGACAAAGACGUGGAGAACAGCGAGUCCGCCGGUACCGCCACUAACAAAACCCGGGGCGGAGCAGACGCACGCCGGUCUCCAUGUCCUCCGUGACAGUGUCUUCCCAGGACGGGCGGAGCAUGUCCAGGAUGUCUCUGAGCCGCUCACCGGUGUCGCCUAUGACCGCCCAGGGCAUCCCGUCACCCGCCCAGCUCACCAAGGCCAACGCCCCCGUCCACAUUGACGUGGGGGGACACAUGUACACCAGCAGCCUGGCCACGCUCACCAAAUACCCCGAGUCCAGAAUCAGUCGUCUCUUUAACGGCACUGAGCCCAUCGUCUUGGACAGUUUGAAGCAGCAUUACUUCAUCGACAGAGAUGGCGAUAUCUUCCGCUACAUCCUCAGCUUCCUGCGAACGUGUAAACUGCUUCUACCUGAAGACUUCAAGGACUUCCCUCAGCUGUACGAGGAGGCACGCUACUACCAGCUAACGCCGAUGGUUCGGGAGUUGGAGCGGUGGAAUGCGGAGCGUGAGGCACAGCGGGCGUCGCCCUGUGAGUGCUUGGUGGUUCGAGUCACGCCUGAUCUGGGAGAGAGGAUCACAGUCAGCGGUGAGAAGGUGCUCAUUGAAGAGAUCUUUCCAGAGACUGGAGACAUCAUGUGCAACUCUGUCAAUGCCGGCUGGAACCAGGACCCGACCCACGUGAUCCGCUUCCCUCUCAACGGAUACUGCAGGCUGAACUCUGUGCAGGUCCUGGAGCGUCUGUUUCAGAAAGGGUUUACCAUGAAGGCGUCCUGUGGCGGUGGAGUUGAUUCGUCUCAGUUCAGCGAAUACGUCCUGUGCCGCAACCUGAGGCACAGCCAGACCAUCAUCACCAGCACCCCUGUCCGGAUCAAACAGGAGCCUCUGGACUGAAGGCACCGGCACAGGAGCUGCUCAUCGUAAGCUUAUGAAAUCAUUGUACUUGUGUAUGGAUCCUUCAAUCCAAGCAGGAAAACAGGAGCUGAGACUUGAGAAGAAUUUAUGGGAACUUU